AGCUUUCAGAGGUCUGGAAGGCAGCACUCGCAGCGUGUCUGUGGACUUUGUUCAGUGCAGGAUGUCCGCUGUGCGAGCAGCUAAACGGGCGCUGAGGACGGAGAUAAAGCGGCGGGUCGUGGCUCUGAGUGAGGCCGAGAAACAGCGGCAGUCACUGGUAGUCUCACAGAAGCUCUUUGGACAGCCGCAGUAUGUGGCCAGUCAGCACAUCGCAGUGUUUCUCAGCAUGCACGAUGAAGUCUGCACAGAGGACAUCAUUAAGGACGCCUUCCACAGGGGCAAAACCUGCUUCAUACCUAGAUACCACCGCAACAGCAACCAUAUGGACAUGUUGAAGUUGGAGAGUCUGCAGGACAUCGAGACCCUGCCUGUUACAACCUGGAACAUCCGGCAGCCUGCGGACAGUGAUGACAGCAGGGAUGAAGCACUGGAUGUGGGAGGCCUGGACCUCAUCUUGAUGCCCGGCCUGGGAUUUGACAAAAGUGGGAGACGUUUGGGACGAGGAAAGGGCUUCUAUGACACCUACCUCAAUCGCUGCAUCCAACACCCCAGAGGAAAGCCCUACACCAUUGGCCUGGCCUUCAAGGAACAGUUAUGUGAAGAAAUCCCUGUGGACAGCAACGAUGUACUCAUAGACAAAGUCCUGUAUGAAGACAAUGAGUAGUAUUUGCUCACUGCUGACUGAAUGAUGGCUCAAAUUCAACUCUUAACUUGACCAAUAACAAUAUAAUGCAGCUAUGUAUACUGGAAUUCAGUGUUCAAAUACUUUUGUGUUGAAAGUCCUGCUGUCAAGGUCUUUAGACUUGGACUUUAAUUAGAGUCAGAGUAAAUUCACUGAAGUCAGGACAAAAUCGUGCACGGCUGGGAGACUU